AUGGAUGCUAGAAAUCACUCUAUGGUGUCUGAAUUUGUGCUUCUGGGACUUGGACACUCAGACAAUCUUCAAGUUUUGCUCUUCAUAAUAUUUUUUACUCUUUACCUGAUCAUUGUUCCUGGUAAUAUUGUAAUUAUUUCCUUAAUCAUCACUGAUUCACAUCUCCACACUCCCAUGUACUUCCUGUUGGAAAUGUCCCUUAUUGAUAUGUGGCUUUCUACAAACACCACUCCCAAAAUGAUUGCAGACAUUUUCAGGAAGAAGAAGACAAUUUCCUUUGUAGGCUGCAUGUCACAAAUCUUCUUUUCCCAAUUCAUUGCAGCACUUGAGAUGGUACUUCUGGUGAUGAUGGCCUAUGACCGCUAUGUGGCCAUCUGCAAACCUCUUCAUUAUUUUACUAUUAUGAGCCUGCGAAGAUGCAUUGGGCUAGUGGUGACUGCCUGGGUAAUUGGUAUUGUGCAUGCCAUGAGUCAACUUGUUUUUAUUGUACCACUGCCCUUCUGUGGCCCCAGAGAAAUAGACAGCUUUUUUUGUGACAGACCACUGGUAGUUAAGUUAGCCUGCAUGGAUCUCCAUAAUUUGGAAAUUUUCAUGAAUGUCAACUGUGGAGUUGUAGCUGUCAUUCCUUUUUUUCUGUUGCUAACCUCCUACACACAUAUUCUUCUCACUGUCUCCAAAAGCUCAAAAAGGAGUGCAUCCAAGGCCCUCUCUACAUGCAGUGCACACAUCACAGUGGUGGUUCUCUUCUUUGGACCCUGUAUCUUCCUCUAUGUAUGGCCACUCAGCAUCACCUCGAUGGACAAAUUUCUUGCUGUGUUUUACUCUGUUUUUACACCUCUUCUAAAUCCAGGGAUUUACACAUUGAGAAAUAAAGAGAUUAAAAUUGCCCUGGAAAGACUCAGGAGCUACUAUGUGAAUUCCAAGGGGAAAACUCAAUGCCUAGAAACUUAA